UUUCAGCUCACUGCAACAUCUGCCUCCCGGGAUCAUGCAAUUCUUGUGCCUCAGCCACCCAAGUAGCUGGGAUUACAGGUGUGCACCACCAUGCCCAGCUAAUUUUUCUAUUUUUAGUAGAGGCAGGGUUUUGCCAUGUUGCCCAGGCUGGUCUCGAACUCUUGGCCUCAAGUAAUGUGCCCACCUCGGCUUCCCAGAGUGCUGGGAUUACAGGUGUGCACCACUAUGCCCAGCUAAUUUUUCUAUUUUUAGUAGAGGCAGAGUUUUGCCAUGUUGCCCAGGCUGGUCUCGAACUCCUGGCCUCAAGUAAAGUACCCACCUCGGCUUCCCAGAGUGCUGGGAUUACAGGUAUGAGCCACUGUGCCUGGCCUAAUUCUUUUCUUUAACUGCUGUUCCUGCUUUAUGUUUUCCUGUAUCCUCCCUAGCCUUUUCGAGGAUAUUUAUUAUACUUUAAUGGUUUUUCUUUUUCCUAUCUGGUUCAUUAUUAUGACAGAUAGACAAUCUAUACCAGAUAAAGUUUCUUUGGUGGUACUUGCUUUCUUCAGUUGCCUCAUGUUUUCUUAUACACAAAUGUCCCUUUGGGACAUUAGCCACUCCGAUUGGUAACGUGCUGCUCGAAGGAAGAUCAAAAGCUUACGCCCUAUCUCAUGUGUCCCUCCGUUGAGUUUAGGGAUUGGAGGUUGCAUAGAAGAGGAAACAACCCAGGCCAGGCGUGGUGGCUCGCGCCUGUAAUCCCAGCACUUUGGGAGGCCGAGGCGAGCAGAUCACCUGAGGUCGGGAGUUUGCGACCAGCCUGACCAACAUGGAGAAACCCUGACUCUACUAAAAAUACAAAAUUAGCCAGGCAUGGUGGUGCAUGCCUGUAAUCCCAGCUACUGGGGAGGCUGAGGCAAGUGAAUCGCUUGAACCUGGAAGAAGGAGGUUGCGAUAAGCCAAGAUCGCGCCAUUGCACUCCAGCCUGGGCAACAAGAGCGAAACUCCGUUUCAAAAGGGGGAAAAAAAAAAAAGAGGAAACGACCCCACUAUGGUGCAAAGCCCCUGGAAUAUGGGCUCAUUCACUCUCCAUUUGCAGCAGCAUUCUGUGCUCUCCAACACACACACACACACACACACACACACACACUCACACACUCUUUGUCUUGUUGUUUUUCAAGAGCUGUCUUUUUGAGUUAUAAUUACCUAAGUUACCAAAUGCAGAGGUUGGGAAGUAGGCCCAUUCAGGAGCCAACAAGUUCACUGUCCCCUUACCCUCUUAUCUGUCUCGAAUACACAUGCAUAUUCGCCCUAAGCUAGGCGGCAACACUGCCAUGAUGUUACCCUGCUGACUCUGGUUAGGGGCUGGGCACUGGCAACGGCAGGCAGGGACUCACUCAGCACAGCUAGAAAGCAUCCUCCUGCCUGGCACCCCCGUGUGAAUCUCGGCCCUCUUUUCCCUAGCUUCCUAUUCACUGCAGCCCCCCAAUGUCUAGUUUGGGGAUCUGUCUAAUUUCUUUUUACUUAAAUGGCUUUCCUAGAUUUAGAUUCUAAGGAAGAAGUGAAGAAGUCAGCAAGCCUUGUUUGCUUAUUAUCUUGUUUGGAAGGUUCCAAUUUCACCACAUCUGAGCUUCUGAGGGAGUUUCCAGGUGUCUAGGAAAAUGCCAGAAGAACUCACCAGGUGCCGGGAAGCAUCCCUUUUCCGGAAAGUCCUUUUACUUGGAUCUGCCUGCUGGCAAGAAUCUCCAGUUUUUGACGGGGGCCAUUCAGCAGCUGGGUGGGCCACCUCUGUGAUCUGGUUUCAGGUAAUUGAGGGUUUUCUGAGCAAAGAAGUAAGUUACAUCGUGUCCAGCCGCAGAGAAGUAAAGGCAGAGAGCAGUGGGAAAAGCCACAGAGGCUGCCCUAGCCCUAGCCCCAGUGAGGUCAGAGUGGAAACAUCGGCCAUGGUUGAUCCAAAAGGCAGCCACCCCAGGCCUUCACAGAAACCUGUUGACUCGGUGCCUCUAAGCAGAGGGAAGGAGCUGCUGCAGAAGGCCAUCAGAAACCAGGGGAGCAUCAGUGGAGGAGGCAGUGGGGGCAGCAGCAGCCUCCUGACCAAUGCCCGCUCUUGGGGAGUGAGGAUUCUGCACGUGGAUGAAAUGAUGAUGCAUGUGCAACAGCUGUCUCUUGCGUCUUUAUGUGUGAAAAAACAACAGCCAAAGAAGCCAGAGGGAACAUGUCCAGCAGCAGAGUCAAGAACACGGAAAGUGGCCAGACUGAAGGCCCCGUUCCUCAAAAUCGAAGAUGAAAGCAGGAAGUUUCGUCCUUUCCAUCAUCAGUUUAAAUCCUUUCCUGAAAUUUCUUUUCUUGGACCCAAAGAUGCAAGUCCCUUUGAGGCCCCGACGACCCUGGGCAGCAUGCACCAUACCAGAGAAUCCAAGGAUGGAGAGCCAAGCCCGCGAUCAGCUGCCCGCACCAUGCCCAGGAGGAAGAAAGGCUACUGCGAGUGCUGUCAGGAGGCCUUCGAGGAGCUCCAUGUGCAUCUUCAGAGUGCCCAGCACCGGAGCUUUGCCCUGGAAGCCCAUCUAUAUGCAGAAGUGGACAGGAUCAUUGCUCAGCUCAGCCACAGCUUUGCAGACAUCCCUUUCCAGGCUGGCCUCCCCAGGUGGUCAGGUUCCCCAGCUUCUGAUUGUGACCCUCUCUGUCCUGAGACUCUGCACCCCCAUCAGCCCUCCCAUCCCAGGGCAGCAUCUCCCAGGAUAAGGAAAGAAGACAGCUGCCAGGCAUCAGGUAUCCCAGAGCAGGAUGGGACAGUGGACAUCACGCAGGCACCAGCUGAACGUGCAGGGACUGGUGAGGUACCUGGACCUAUAGCAAGCUGCCAGGACCUGGGGGUGUCAGUUGAUGUGUUUGUGGACCCCCCAGGGAUACCAGUGUCCAGGAGCCCUGCUUGCCAAUGCCUCCUGCCUAGCUCUGGUUUUAUGGAACUCUCCUCUGGCCCAGACCUGGCACUUUUUGGCCACAAGCGGAAGGUUCAGUUCCCCAGUGGCAGUGCUGAGAAGAGAGUGGGGGCCUCCUGGCCACAGGCUUCAUUUUUUGUCCCAAUAGCCCCCAACCCCUGCGGCACCAGGACAACUAGUGGCAAGCAUCUUCCCUCUCUUCCCCUUACAGGCCAUGAGUCCAGGCUCCUCACCUCCCUCCAGCCCUUGUGCCACUCACAGACCUGCCUCUCUCUCCCAGACCCCUUCCCCUGGCAGCCCACAGACAGACCAGCAGAGUUCUGGGCCACACAGCCCUCCUGGCUGGGGAAAGGGUGGCCCCCAGGGCCUGAGGAUUCUGAGUGUACAGCCACUGGCCCUGUAUCCCAGGAGGCUGGCCAGCUCCCCAGCUGCCCCACAGCUCCAGGCUGGCCAUCAGCUCCCCUGUACUCAGCUACCAGUGUGCAGCCCUCGGGAGCACCUGUAGAGAGCAGGUCUACCUCCCUCCUGCAGCCCCUGCCAGCCAGUGCGGGAGCCAGCUGUUCCCGAUGCCUCUGGGCCCCCCAGCCUCUCCAGGUGCCCUGUCUCCCUGUCUCCCAGCCCUGGUCCCAACCCCAGCCCCAGCCCCAGCCCCAUGCUGGCAGAGAGCUGCUCCUAUGAGUCCCCAAGGUGCUUGGCUCUUCACAGGGCCAGGCAGCUCCAGAUUGAAGGGCCACAGAUACAACUUACUCCUCUGCUGGGUGCUGCACACCCGGCCAGGGCUGACCAGGACUCAGGAGGGGCAGAACCCCAGGACUUCCCCAAAAGAGCCAGAAGGAGGCCCGGGCCUGGCCUUUGAAGUCCAGCAAGCAGCUGUCACGCUCAGCUCCAUGGAGCUGACAGAGCCACCCCUCCCACUGGCCAGGUCUUUGGGAGAGAAUCUGGGCUGGGGGCUGCCCUCUCCUACCCCCGCCUCCUGCCAUGUUCCUGACCAGGCAGAGUCUACAGUGGGCUUGCCCAGCUGAGGCUGGCCGCCCACGCCAGGAGGCAGAGGCGAAGUUGGCAUGGGGAGGGACCACAAAGGAGCUGGGGCAGCAGGAGUCGUGGCCUGGCUUCCUGGCCCUCCACAGGCUCUUGCCUCUCUGCAGAGCCGCGGGUUAGCUGUUGGUGUGCUCCACCCCCAACCCCGGCCUCCUUUCUCACGAGCAUGUGGCCGCUCCUGCUUUCCAAAAUGCCUGUGUUUGUCCCCUCCCCCAGCCCCCCACGCUCCCGCACACAGAUCCUCAGGAACAUAUGAAGCAGAGGAGGGGCUUGGGCUGCACCACUCACAGAGCUCCCUCCCCCAGGCACUUAGUUGGGGCCCAGCACUGACCUUUCCCCUGAGCCCAGGGUGUGGCCAGAGCCCCCUCUGGGACCCCUCUCGGCCCUUCUCUGCCUCCUCAGCUUGAGCUGCCUGCCCGAAGUUCGGCUGUUCCGGGGCUAGUGUGUCACCUGCCAACUUCCACAUCACCCUCCUCCCUCACUCCCUCCUCUCCUUCCCCAAGGACCUCCCCCCAUUUCUGGCAGCCAAGCCAUUAAUCUGAAGACAGAAAUGGGUUUGCUAUCGAUUCUCUGGCCACUUUUUCUUUCAUUACAAUUUGUACCGUGGUUCUUCUCACCCUUCUCUGCGUCCGUGCAUUUAAAGAGUUGUCUCUUUAAAUGUUGAAGCUUCCGGAAGCCUGGUGCUAUUCUGUGUCUCCUUUCAAAGGAAGAAGGGGGGGCCCAGCUAUGGGUGAGGACUCAAGUUAUUAGUUUGGAAAUAGAGCAACUAUGUGUACAGCCCACCUUAGAGGUCAUGUUACCCCCUUCCUGUUAAAUUUUACAAUUAAUUUUGGUUCAGGAAAUGUAAAUAAAUUUGUUAAUUACAAAUAGCAAA